AUGACACUUGCGAAGUCGCUGUUCCUGACUUUGAUGAGCGCUGCUGCCCUUAGCCGGGCAGCUAAAGUUCAUUAUGAUCUCGACCUUACCUGGCAGAGGGGCUCACCUAACGGGCAUGAAAGAGAGAUGAUUUUUGUGAAUGAUCGUUUCCCAGGCCCACCAUUGGUUAUGGAUGAAGGAGACGAAGUCACAAUAGAUGUGACCAACAAUUUGCCCUUCAAUACAUCGGUCCAUUUCCAUGGCAUUGAGCAAUUGAACACCCCAUGGGCGGACGGAGUAUCAGGUCUAACGCAAUGGGCUAUCAAGCCUGGUGACAAAUAUCGGUACCAGUGGAAAGCCACGACUUAUGGUACGUACUGGUACCAUGCCCACGACAAAGACAGAAUAAUGGACGGUCUCUACGGUGGCAUUCGUAUUCGUCCGUCUGCCGACCGGGAAUCGCCUUUCUCAAUGAUCUCUGAUGACCCUGCCGAUAUUGCGGCCAUGACCAGAGCCGCUCAUGAUUCCCAGUUGGUCAUGAUGUCUGACUGGGACCACCUGCCGGCCAAUGAGUAUAUGGAUGCUCUUAGAGACACAGGCUAUGAUAUCUUUUGCUCGGAUAGCAUUCUCAUCGAUGGUGCAGGCUCUGUAUACUGCAAAGACCCUGAUUAUCUGACAAAUCUCCAGCCGGCGAAGGUCAGAGCAGUCAUAACGGAGCCUUUGUCGGAUAAGGGAUGUCAUCCAUUCAUGCCGGUUCUUCAGGGUAACUGGGAGCACCACCCAGAGAAGCUUCCUGAGGGGUUGAACUCUGGAUGUAUUCCCAGUGAGGGUCCGAGGUCAGUCUUUGAAGUGAGACCUACCGAUCGAUGGGCCAGUUUCAACUUUGUCAGUGCAGCAAGUCUCAAAUCAUUGAUUUUCUCCAUUGAUGAGCACCCAUGGUACAUCUACGAGGUAGAUGGACGUUACAUUGAGCCCCAGCUUGCCCAUAAAGUCUCUAUUUACAAUGGAGAGCGUUACUCUGCGAUGAUCAAGUUGGACAAGGAGCCUGGAAGCUACACCAUCCGUGUUGCUGGUCAUGACAACCAGCUUACAAGGGCGGCGAGAAAAAAUAAGCGGGAAUCAACAGCAUACAUCGAUUAUGGUGGUAGCAACACCACAGCCUCUGUGAUCGACCUGGACACAACUAACCUGCCGCCAUAUCCUGCCAUCCUACCUGCGGAGCAUGGCGAUGAUUUCCAUCUCCUAACUCUUGGACGGAUCAACUCAUCCUGGGAAUGGACCCUGGAUGGAACAACCUUCCUACCAGCCAACCUGAACCAAAUGGAACCAGCUAUUCUCAACCCCAAAGCACCCGGCCUGGAUUCUGCCCUCAAGAUUGAGACACUGAAUGGCACCUGGGUCGACAUUGUGUUCCAGCUUGCUAUCCCAGAGCCGACCAAGCUGCAGCCACCACACCCAAUGCACAAGCAUUCCAACAAGGCAUUUUUGAUUGGUAGUGCAAUGGGAAAAUUCACAUGGGGCUCUAUCGCAGAAGCAAAACAGAGCAGCCCAGACAGCUUCUUUGAAACGCCCGUGUACCGCGACACCUUUGUGACCGCGCCGAACGGAGAAGCCUGGAUUGCUAUUCGCUACCAGGUUGUGAACCCAGGGCCAUUCCUCUUGCAUUGCCAUAUGGAGACCCAUCUCAUGUCGGGGAUGGGCAUGGUCUUGCUUGACGGUGUCGAUGCCUGGCCUGAAGUUCCCACCCACCGUCUAUAG